CGAGUGUAGUCCAGUACGACUUGGAAAUCCAGGAGUCCGAAGAUACGUGCAGCUUCUGCGACUCUAAAGCUCCAAACGCCUACCGAUGCGCUGCCCCUGGAUGCGGAAUUGAAGGCACGAAGAAAUCAGCACUGCUGAAGUGUGCGGGGAAGUGCCCUCCCGAUGUGAAACCAUCGUACUGCAGCAAAGAAUGUCAGAAAGCGCACUGGAAGACUCAUCGCUCAAUUUGUAACCCCAAUGCGAAGCCCAAAGCCAAGGCAGAGGAGCAAGCCUCGUCCGAUACGAACCAAACUCAAGUUGCAUCUACUUCUGCUCAGCAAUCCCCACGUACUAUCGGGGAUGACAUCAGGACAGACGGUAGAGAGCACAUUAUUGAAUGGGCAGCGCCCCAUCUCCUAGAUUCUGCAGCGAUUGGCUAUACCGUGUCUGCUUGGCCUUCAUCAGUCUCUCCCGCUUCUGCUUCCUGCGCCGCUUCGAGUUCUUCUCUCUCCGAAAGACCCACAUAUUCGAACUGUAGGCGAACCGUGGGAAGGGAUUUUAGCUGCGAUCGAACCAUCUCUUCCCAUUCUGGAGCCGACCUCUUGCCACUAACCGACAUGUGUUUGAAUGUUACAGUCUCUAGGGCAUCCCAAUGGCGAGAGUCUCUUCAGAAGUGGCCAGGCCUAGUGUGAAAUGUUGGAUCCCGGAGUGAGUUGUGGAGAGGAUGGAAGAUCUGAGGUUCAAACAAGAGACGAGAUUGAGCUGGUCGAAGUGUUUCUGCAAGAAAACUGAAAACCAAUCAGUUUCCAUAGAUAUCCCAUGAAACAUGAACUUACGAUCGUAGAGAGACCCAGCCGAAAAGUCAAUUGUGAAAUCUUUGAGCUGAGAAUGCGGCAAGUGCAAGAAAGAUCCAACUAUUGACAGCAUUUCGGACGUAAUUUGUGGAGGAAAUAUUAUGUCCAGAUACUCCAUUUCAUUUGCACGAUCCGAAGAUAGGAAGUACUGUAAAGUCUGGAUAUCACAGCCAUCAUCGAGCGUAAGAUGCGCAAGGGACGGUCGAUGGAAACGGCUUGAAUUGAUUUGUGCUGUAUAUCGGCGAAUCUCCUUCAGGACAAGCUUCGACAGGGAGUGUAGAUGUCCAAGAGUGCAUAGUAGUCCGUCAUCCAUGACAGACUUCGUGACAAGUAACGUCCGAAGCUGAGGUGCAAGAUUGGUAUUAUCC